CUCCAGAACUCCUGGCGAUCGCAUCCUCUUGAGUGCUGUAUUAUAAUCUUGUUCACACGCUUGUUCUCUCACCUUCACCAAGUACUGUCAUCACGUUCUUGUCUCAGUCUCGCAGAGUGGUGCUUAUUCGGACGUUGUGUCAUCUGGUGAGCAGUGUGUGAACUUGAUAAUUUGUCAUCUGGUGCUGGGUCAGUAGAAGCUCACUUACCAUGACCUACUGUGGCACUCACACUGCUCUUCUCAUGGCCCUCAUCUCUACCACCCUUGCUGCCGUCGCUAUUGGACCAGCUGUGGUCAACCCAGACUACCCGGGCAUGUGCUGGAUAGCCAAGCAGAACAAGUCCUUCCCAGACGGUGGGCAGUGGCAGGAACCCAACUGUAUGCGAGCCACCUGUCUCUCCUACAAGUCCAGCCUCUACGUUGAGUACGCCACGUGCGGGCUGAUGGGGGUCGAGCCUGGGUGUGAGACCGUGCAGGACCUGACCUUGGAUUACCCUAGCUGCUGCCCGACCCUCUCUUGUCCUAACCUAGACAAUGAAGCUUUGAAGGGAGACGAGUACGAAGAGUUCACUAACUGGAUCGGCGAGUACUACGACCAGCCCCUCCCGGUAGCCUAAACUUGGCCGCCUGAAGUGUUUCCUGGAAGUGCCUUCCAGGAAAGUUCCAGGAAUUCUCCAGGAUUCCUGAUGGGCUUUGAAAGGGAUAUUCUAGGAUUCCAGGUUAGCUUUAAAAGGCUUGCAAAAAGACUUGAAGAGUGUUCUUGGAUUCCAAAGAGAAAUGUCCCAAGAAUGUUCCAGGAAUCCAUACGGGAAAGUUAGUUCACUUGGAUUGCACACUGGCUUACGAGAAUGUUAUCUCCACUCUAAGCCACUUCUGGAAUAUCUCAAAUGAGUUACACUCAAGCCAUGGAAUAGUUCAGCCAAUGUGCCCUUAUGUAAUUUAUAUCACUUAAGAAAAUUUCAUAGAUUUCUAGAUAGCGCCAAUAUUAUUUUUGUUAAUUAAGCAUGUCAGUGUUUAUUUAUUUUUGUACAGAAUGUGUAGUGUGUUAGAGUUGUAGUAUUGUGUGCCAAGAGAGUUUCCAGUGAAUGGCAGUAUCGUCAGGGUAACAGUGUAGUCAAGUCUGUGCACUGGUACACAGUAACUCUCCCGAUCUUGAGGGAUCCUGCUCCCGAAGGAGCGCUCCCACACCACUGCUAGAUACACCCACACCAGUGCUGGAUACUCCCACACCAGUGCUGGAUACCCCCACACCAGUGCUAGAUACUCCCACACCAGUGUUGGAUACUACCACACAAGUGCUGAAUACUCCCACACCAGUGCUAGAUACUCCCACACCAGUGCUGGAUACUCCCACACCAGUGCUGGAUACCCCCACACCAGUGCUAGAUACUCCCACACCAGUGUUGGAUACUACCACACAAGUGCUGAAUACUCCCACACCAGUGCUAGAUACUCCCACACCAGUGCUGGAUACUCCCACACCAGUGCUAGAUACUCCCACACCAGUGCUGGAUACCCCCACACCAGUGCUAGAUACUCCCACACCAGUGUUGGAUACUACCACACCAGUUCUGAAUACUCCCACACCAGUGCUAGAUACUCCCACACCAGUGCUGGAUACUCCCACACCAGUGCUAGAUACUCCCACACCAGUGCUGGAUACUCCCACACCAGUGCUGGAUACUGCUACACCAGUGCUAGAUACACCCACACCAGUGCUAGAUACAUCCACACCAUGCUGGAUACACCCACACCAGUGCUGGAUACUACCACACCAGUGCUGGAUACUCCCACACCAGUGCUGGAUACACCCACACAAGUGCUGGAUACUCCCACACCAGUGCUGGAUACUACCACACCAGUGCUGGAUACUCUCACACCGGUGUUGGAUACGCCCACACUAGUGCUGGAUACACCCACAGUAGUGCUGGAUACACCCACACAAGUGCUGGAUACUCCCACACCAGUGCUGGAUACUACCACACCAGUGUUGGAUACUACCACACCAGUGCUGGAUACUACCACACCAGUGCUGGAUACUCCCACACCAGUGCUAGAUACUCCCACACCAGUGCUGGAUACUACCACACCAGUGCUGGAUACUCCCACACCAGUGCUGGAUACACCCACACCAGUGCUGGAUACU